GACGGCGGCGGGCCCGGCCGCACUGCGCGGCCGUACUGGGCGGGAGGUAGGGGGAGAUGCGGUCGCCGGCGCUGCUGCGGCUCCUGGUGGGGCCGCUGCUGGUAUUGCUGGUGCUGCUGGAGGCCGCCCGUUGCGCGGACGCUGCGGCCCCGCGCCCCCGGGACGCCGCCACCGCUUCCCCACGCCCAACGGAGGCGGCUGGCGGGGCCUCCACGCGGAGCAGCAGCAACAGUAGCAGCAGCAGCAGCCGCCUGGCCGAGGUGUCGGCGCCGCCCGAGCAGGGGCAGCCCAUGACCCAGCGCGCCCUGUCCGUGCUGGUGCUGGCCAGCGCUGCCCUCAUCGUCUACUUCGUGAUCCGGACCGUGCGGCUCAGAAGGCAAAAUAGAAAAACCCGAAGAUAUGGAGUUUUGGAUACGAACAUAGAAAAUAUGGAGCUGACCCCGUUAGAACAAGAUGAUGAUGAUGAUGAUACAACACUAUUCGAUGCCAGCCAUCCUCGAAGGAGAGCAUCUUUAGCAAGUUCACAGACAACCCCAAGCUGAGAGGAAGUGUUGAUCUGCUGGAAGGCAAGAGGGCUUUGCAGAGGGAUAUGGAUAGGCUGGAUUGAUGGCCUGAGGCCUACUGGAUGAAGUUUAACAAGGCCAAGUGCUGUGUCCUGCCCUUGGAUCACAACAACCCCUGGCUACAAACCGAGGCAGUGGCUGGAAAGCUGCCUGGGGAAAAGGACCUUGGGAGCUUUGCCCAAGGCACAGUGGGUGAACCGUAUCUGAAUAUGAGCCAGCCGUGCCCAGGUGGCCAAGAAGACCAAUGGCAUCCUGGCCUGGAUCAGCAAUACUGCGGCUAGCAGGGCCAGGGCAGUGGCUGCUCCUCCAUACUCAGGACUGGUGAGGCCACACCUUGGGUGCUGGAUUCAAUUCGGGGCACCUCAGUUCAGAACACUGAGGUGCUGAACAGAGUCCAGAGAAAGGCAAUGGAGCUGUACAAGGGGCUGGAGCAUCUGAAGCACAAGGAAGGGUCUGAUGAGGAGCAACUGAGAGGAUUUGGGUUGUUUAUCCUAAAGAAAAGGAGUGUCAGGAGGACCUUAUCACUCUAUACAACAAUCAGAAAGGAGGCUGUAGCCAGAUGGGGAUUGGCCUCUUCUCCCAGGCAACAGGUGACAUGGUAAGAGGAAAUGGCCUCAAGCUGUGCCAGGGGGGUUUAGAUUGCAUAUUAGGAAAAUUUUUUUACAGAAUGGGUUAUCAAACAUUGAAACAAGCUCCACAGGGAAGUGGUGAAGUGACCAUUCCUGGAAAUGUUCAAAAUAUGUGUGGAUAUGGCAACUGAGGGUAUCGUUUAAUAGUGAACAUGGUGGUGAUGCUGGCUUGACAGUUGGACUUAAGGUUCUUAAAGAUCUUUUCCGAUUCUAAUGAAUCUGUGAAUCCAUGGUGCAGAGUACUUCCUCAAUAACAAAUGAAAACUGACACUGGAUUGUAUUUCCGUUGUUAGGCAGCUGGUAUGAAGAUGCCAGGACAUAACCUAUUGAGAAACAUACCAGAAGAAAUGUCCAACAUAAGGGGACUGCUGUCUGCCCCUAUUUCAAAAUCUUGAAGGUUGUAGAUGUGAAUGCAGAGUUAACUUUGUAAUGUCCUAACGUCCUGGAAAGUGCUCUAACAAAUGUUUUUUCCCUCUUGAAUACUCGUGAUUAAAAAAAAAAAAAAAAAAUUAAAGCCAGGCAAAAACCCCCCAAAAGCAGCAAGUUUGUAUACUGAUGUAGUGAAGAAGAAGAAUGGAAUAAGCUAAAUAGGAAGCUAAGAAAGACAUAUAAUUUCAGAAUUUAAAAAUCAUUAGGGUUUUACUGAAAAAGAGUAAACAUUUGUCAGUCUGAAAGGGUGGCUGAUUGCCUAAAUUGUAAGUACAAUCUUUCUUUCAGCCUCAGCUUAAAAUGUCAAUAGCAAGUAUUUCUGCUAAGUUUUGUACAUCAGCUUUUCUGGAUGCUAGCUUUUCAACCAAGAGGUUUAUUUCCCUCUGACACACAGAGGCUUACCACUUUAUAUAGAAUCCUAGAAUCAUGCACGCAUAGAAUAUGCUGACUUUGAAGGAACUCAUAACGAUCAUCUAGUCCAACUCCUGGGCCCGCAGGGGGCACCCCAAGAAUCCCUGCAUGGCCCUGAGAGCAUUGUCCAAACACUUCUUGAACUCUGUCAGGCUUGGUGAUGUGAUCACAUCCCUAGGGUGCCUGUAGCAUAAGGAAUAUAUAAUUAAGUGGAGGGAGAGGAGAAUGGAUGGAUGGAUGGAUGGAUGGAUGGAUGGAUGGAUGGAUGGAUGGAUGGAUGGAUGGAUAUUGGUUUGAUCUACUCCCAAAGAAGAGUAGAAAUGUUACCUGCUCUAGAUGAAGAGUUGAGGGAAUUUGGAAAAGGAAUACUUCCAGCUAGCAGAGUAAGUCUCUGAACACAUGAUGCAAAAAUUUCAUAUUUUUCCUGAAAAAAUAAGUACAUGUCUGUGUAUCAGCUCAGUUUCACAAGCUCUGCUCUACCUACAUUUGCAGACAGAUUUUUGUGUUUGUAUGGUACACCAAUGAAAAAGAAAGCAUCUGCAGGACAGCUUGUAGGUUCAGAUACAAAAUCUUUAACAUGAGAUCAAGUGUUUUGGGAUUAAAGUCAAACAUUAAAUACUCACAUUAUUAAUUAUAUAUUUUUACUUCACAAGAGUUUCAGUUUUUGUCAGUGCAUUUUUCUAUUUCAGUUUUCUAUUUUUUAUAAAUUUGAAACACUAUUAAAGCAAGAAGGUAAGACCAGAAUAUUCGUCCUUUGGAUAUUGUUCAUCAGCUUUAAUUUUCUUUCUGAUUCAUGUGUUCAGGUGCCUGUACAGCCUCAUCUUCCUAGGUAUUUUUGUUCUCGGAAAUGAACAUUGCUGACUGCAUAAGUGAUAUGCAGAUUGUAAUUUCUUUGCACAUUACAAUGCAUUUAUGCUUUGAUCAUCAGCUCAGUAAUUUCCACUGGCAAAUACUUGUGAUGUCAAAAGUAACAACAAGACUUAUUGGCAAUGCCUGCAGCAAGCUUAUAGUCUAAUUCACAGAUUUUUGUAAAUUGUCAGUUGCAACCAGUUUGGCAAAGAGAAAUAAUAUUUUUUUCUAAAUUACCUUUGUUUUACCAGGUGGUACUCCUUUUACUGAAUUUUUCAUGAUUAACAAAAUAAUGUUAAAUUUUUUUAUAAUUUUCCAGAGUUUCUCCUAAUUGAUUGUGUAAAGCAGCUGCUUUAUCUGGUUUAUAUCUAUGCAUCCAUUCAAUGGCAUUUCAUGUUUCCUCAAGGUCUGAGCAUUUUUUAUAUUUGCUCUUCCUUGUCCUCAGUUUGGCCUGCUUUAAACUGGACCCCUAGGGAAAAGGUGCUGCACAAGCAACUUUUUAAAGUAUUUAGAUCCUUAUUGUAUGUCCCCUUUAGAACUUCAUUUUCUAUUUGUCUUCAGCAGAAAACAGUAAUAGAUUCUGAAAAUCUCUUUUUAAGAUGCCUUCUUUUUAUUGCACUUGUCUAACAGUGCUGAAUGUCAUACUUUAGUUACUUUGGAGAGCAAGUUUAAUAAUCUAUUAUAUGCUCAAGAACAAAUGUUGGUCUAAGAGCCUUUGUUUUUCACCAGCAGGAUUAGUAACAUUAGUAAGGCAGAAAAUGCCUCUGUAAGCACAUGUUCAAAAUUUGACAGGUGUGAUAAAUAAUACAUAUUAAUAAAAAUCCUUAGUGUCCAGCAUUCUUUUCCGUCUGUAGCUAUUUUUAACAAUGGAAAAAUAAUUUCUAAUGCACACAAGCUAUCUUGGAAAAGGGUUGUUUUUGAGCAUUUUGACAUGAGUAGGACUAGUAUUUAUCAACAGUAUACAUUCAAAAAAAUCUUCAGUUUAAUGAGAAAUCACAUAUAGUGAGUGAAAGGACAUGGAGAAAUUUGUAGCCUUCCAUAUAACUAUCUGAUUCAUACAUAACCAUUCACACUCUUUUCAUUCUUAAUUAUAUUACUUAAACACCCACAUACAUGCACACUAUGGCAUUAAUUCAGUAGCUUUCUCUGAGAAUUUGUAACACCAAUUAAGACUGCAUAAGCAACCUAUGUAUUUCCCUGAACUAUAAUUUUGUUUUCUAUUUCUCUUCAAAAAAACAAACUCGUACUUUAUUGCACAUACAGUGAGGCACAAAGAGCUCUUUUGUAUCCUGCCCAGUGUCCUGACACUCUUGCAGUACUAUUAUUCAGGAGUCACCUCACUCCAGUGUUCCACUUUCAAGUAAAAGCUUUGUCUACUUGUUUGGUGACUAAUAAAAAUUGAAAAAUAUCUAUUAUCUGCCAAAAUCUGUUCCUAUCAGAGCAUUUCAUUUGAGGAGGAUUCAACAGGACAGAAUAAAAAAUACCUGAGGAAAGAUAAGGACAAGAUCCUCCAUUAAGUUUAGCCUUGCAGAUAGCAUUCUUUUCUCCCUUGAAGAACUACUUUUUUUUGUUAUAACAUGUAUUUUAAAUAUAUUUCAAGUGUCAUCAAACACUUGAAAUUGGAUUUUGGGUUUUGAGCAUAAAUGUCUAUUGGAUAAUAUUCAAAAUGAUAAAUUGAACAUAAAUCUGAAGUACUCCUAUCUCAUCAUUUUGGAGAGAAUUUUGUAUUUGGAUCCAUAUUACCAAAAAAUGUGGUAUUCCAAAAUAUGUUUUGAAAAUAAUACAAUACAUAGAAGUACACCUUUGUAUGACAAAUAUUUUGUAUUACUGGAUGGACUUGCAAGAUUGUUUUUAUGCUUAAUAGAAUCUUAUUCUAUUUGUGUGUAAAAUUGCACCUUUCCCAGACAUCUUUUCUUUUAGUAACAAUUACUGCAAAGUUGUAUAAUGUCUGUCAAGCAAUUUUUUGAUGCAAAAAAUCACUCCCAGUAGAAUGAAACAUCAAAUAUCUCUGCUUUUCUUUGGCUCUCAGCUUGAUUACAUGGUAUUGCACUGGAAUUGUUAUUGUUAGUAAGUUCCUAGGUUUAGCCAAUCUUUCUAAGGGAACAAAUAUGAUGACCACAUUAUCUGCAUGGGUACAAAAGUCUUUCUGCUAGCCUCUUUUAAUAAUGAAAAUGCUGGCCCUGAGAAAGGGAGUCCUUGAAGGCAUUAUCUUCCUGUACAUAAAAAAUAAAAGAAAAAAAGAGGUAGUCAAACAGAGAAGAGACAAAAUGAAAAAUUUAAUCUUUUAAACAGAACACCAAGUGUUCUAUGGAAACCAGCAUGUAAAAAUUGAAUAUGGAAUUGUUUUUUCCUCUGGCCAUACUAGCAGUGUACGUUCUAUCAAACUGUCAAAGCUUUCAUUAUGCAUGCAUGUGUGUGUGUAUGUAUGUAUGUAUGUAUGUAUGUAUGUAUGCACGAAUGUAUAGUUGUAUGUAUGAAGAAAUUAGGAGAACAGGUUGACUUUUGUGAGCACAGCAGGUAUGCAGACAUUAGAAUUCAGUUUUAUUCCCGUGAAACUGUUAGGCUACCUAGUCACAACAUCUUGGGGUUUGUGCGCGACAAAAAUGUCAACAGCUUUCCAGUUCCAAAAUUCUUUCAAAUUACCACUCUGUGUGAACAUGGGAUUUAAAAUUAUUUUCUUUUAGAUCCAUUCUUCCAAUGCAAUUAUUCUUCAGUAAAGAGGGCUCUCAAAAAGCAGAAACAAAUUUCAAAUGCAAUAAUAAUUCACCAUGUGGUGGGCUGAAAAAAAAUCAGACUUUUUACAAAGGCCCAUACCCAUGAAGUACACAGGGAUUGUUAAUCUCAGAAGAAAGACGUUUAUUCCAAGAAAAUGUAUAAAUGUGGUAAAAGACUGUGCUUUUGGCAGGCAAUCUAGUGUGGCAGAAGAAUAAUUUAUUUCUGAAAUAAAACUUGGCAAAGAACAUGGCAGAUACUGGAGGUCCAGUAUUAGUAGCAGACACUAGAGGUCCAGUAUUAGUAGCAUUGCAUAAGGCUCUAAAAUAGAUAAGGAUAUAAUCGUUCUUUUGGAGAGGACCUAUAGUGACAACGCACUCAAAGUGCCUGACAAAUUCAGGGCUGACCAUAAAUUAAAUCAUGGUAUUAAAGGUACUAUACAAAUGCCUCUUAAACAUUGACAUGCUUGAGGCACCAACCACCUCCCUAGGAAGCUGUAACUGCCUGUCUACACACACUCCACAAAUCACACUGACUACAGAUUGCACCUAGCAUCUAAUGUUUACUUUAUGUCUGGACUAGAUUUUCUUCCCUUUUUCUUUCCAGUCCUGACUUUACCUCUCCAUUUAGUCUUUUUUUUUCUUUUUUUUUUCUUUUUUUUUUCCUGAAGGAGUAAGUGACAGAGAUCCUCUCAUUCUUCUGAUAUAUUUGUCCAGAGCCAGAUGGCACUUCUAGGAAAUGGCAGCUGCAUUCAUGGUUGAUUUUGCCUAAUUUCACUUUCCAAUACUUUCUUCUUAUUAUGAACUUCACUGAUAGGCUGAAGAACUUCACAGAAUGGAUGGCCUUUGCCAUGUCUGACUUACUGAGUUAUCUGAGUUAUUUCUAAACCAUUUUAGAGAAAUCAAGUAAACUAAAUUUUGAUCUAACACAGGCACGCCACCCCAGCAGCUGGCACCACACAAAUUUGAACACAGGCUGAGUAUUCUGCCUGUGAUUAGCUAACCAUUUGAUUGUUCAGAACUAAAUCUUAUUUAAUCUAAAAAUUUUAUUAACAGAAGUAAUGCAGCAUCUCUACUGUAGCAGGGGAUGACUUAAAAUACUUUUACUAUCUCCUAUUUCACUAAGCAUUUACAUAUGUUAAAAAAAACCCAUCAAAAUCAGUUUUGAAGGAGCUGGUAGUGUAAUAAAUCCUUAGUUCAACAUAUUUAUAAGAGUUUACUGAAAAAAUUAUGGUUUUCAUCUUCAUUUUCAGGAGGAUCAGCUUAUCCAAUACAAGGUAGAAAUGAAAAGAAAAAGUAGUCAGACCUAGAGGAUGCAUUAAAGAAUAGAAGGGAAAAACAAGCUGUGAUAAAGAUCCAAGCUUUAAGUUAUAUUUUGAUUUUUCUGAUUCAUGGUGCUCAUUUAGAUAUUUCCUUUCCCUCCCUUCCUUUGCAGUUUCCUUUGCCAGUAUGGCUAAUCAACACAAACUGGGCUGGUUUUUGGCACACUGGCAGUGAACAUUCUUCAUUCUUCCACCUAUAUAUAUUUCAUGUCCCAAAAAUGAUAACAAGCCAUCUAUUGGAAUCAGUUUUCAGAACCUAGUUUCUAAGUAUUAAACUGGGUCUGAGAAUCUCCUAGAAGAGAGUUUCUGGCCCCCUAAAAUUGCCUGUGAAAAGUUUACAUUAUGACGGAAUAGCUUUUUGAAUUUUAUUACUGGAAUACUAUUGCUUAACUCAUAGCACAGAUGAAGCGCUUUUGAAAGUCCUAACACCACUUCAAAAAGAGAUUGGGUAGAGUGUAGGAGCCAACACCUAGUACUCUUCAGACAUUUCCUUCAAACAUAGCUAUCAAAACCUUGCUGCCAAAGGCUAGGGUCCUUAUAGAGCAUGAGUUUGAGAGGCAUUGUACCUGCUUGGAGGAAACAAGGAUUUGUCAUUACUCCUCAGGACCAACUCUGCCAUCAAAGCUGAACCUACUGUAGUCAGGAGCAGCGCUUAAGAUGUCCCAAGGUCUCUUCCCACCUGAAUUACUUUCCAUAUGAUUGACAUUGUGGUACAUAGAUCCUAAAUGAACUCCUUGUAGCACCUUUUCCCGAGACUCAGAGCAUAAGGUCACCAUGCUUCAAACGUGGCCAAAUGCUAAUGCCUUCAUAGACAAUGCCUAGGUCUCAAAAGACCUCUUUUACUUUUCUUCCUGUUUCAUUUUACAGCUAUUCAGUAAGUUGGUUCAGCUUCUGCUAAUAGAGACUAUUCUGGCAGUAAAGUGUUACUCAAAAAAAUCUCCAAAGCAAACCAAAAGCUCUAAGCUGAACUUCUAGGAUAUAGGCUAAUAGGUAAUGAAUUUCAAUGUAAUAAACAAAUCUAAGAAGUUUGGUUAGGUUUUUUUUUGUUUGGUUUUUUUUUUUUUUCCUGUAAGAUAGUCUUAAAAUAUUUUCCUUUAAUAUUUUUUUUUCUUUAACUACCACUAAGUUUACAGUUGCAUAAGUCUAGUUAGUCAAGCACAUUUACCAGACAAUGAUUUUCACUUCACUUGCUCUGGAUACAUAUCUACCAUAUAUAUCUUUUAUAUUUUUUAAUAUAACAUUAGGAAUUUUUAUUGUCAAUAAUAGCUAAGUGGAAGAUAUGCUGCAAAGAAUAUCUGAAAAAAAAAAAAAAAAAAUCAUAACUUCAAAAGAUGUGAUUCCACCAAUUUCUCUUGAGAGCAAGAUUGUUUUUGUUGUUUUACAACCCAAUCUUUACUUAUGAAUUCAUUAUUUAAAUGGUUAAAUAUUAUUUUUCUAGAUUCAUCCUCAUCCUUAUCCUCAUACUUAGCUCUUUGCCUCAAUUCCAGAACCAAAGACAAUCCCUUCACAUCUUCCAACACUCCUAAUUUCAAUGUGAAAACAAAUUUUUUAAUAACUUUUUAAAUAACUUUUUAAUUUUUUAAUAACUUUUCUAGCCCAGUUUAAGUUCUCAAACAAAGCCUUCGUUGGAGUUUUCCAGCUUUAUAUGACAGAAGUCCACUCCAAAAUCCAAUUUACUCGUAUUAAGUUAAUGUCUCCUGAAUUGUAGUUUAAAUAGCAGAUAAAAUUAUAUUGAAUUAAGUUAUAGCACACCUACUAUAAAAGUAGCUGCAGAAAAGGAAGGCAUUUUCUUAUAUUUUCUCUAGGAAUUUUGGGGAAAGAGGUCUGUUUUAUUUUGGUUUUGCUAGAAACUAGAAAAGAAAAACCUUUCAGUCACUGACAAUAUGUCAAGUUCCCCAACACAGCAGAAAAAUUGACAGUCAUAGAAGAGGAAUGGAACUCAAAUUUUUUUUCCAUAAACAUAUAUUCUUCAGUUACUGCCUAAUUCAAGACAAAUAUUGCUUUGAUAAAUGUAAAUUUGAACACAGGCUGAGUAUUCUGCCUAUUCAGAUGACAGGCUGCUUCUAGGUAGAAAAAAUAAAUAUGGACUUGGACAAAAAGAAAAGAGAAAGCCAGGGAAUUUAAAAGAUUAGCAUAAUUAGGUGGGGUUUACAAUUAUUUCUGUAUUAAAUGUUUAAAUAUUUUAAUAGCAUUGUCAUCCUAAUUUAUGAAAAUUGACACAAUGUUUUCUUACCUAAACUUCUGAUUACAAAUAAUAAAAAUCUUAAGUCCCCCUAUUUUAAUGGAUGGAGUAGGUUAACAAAGGACAUAGAAUGUUUGCUCAUACACAGUUUAAUCUCUAUAAAUUUUUAUUAAUAUAAUUCGGUAAUAAGAUGAUGGAAAAAGAGUUUUCUUGGAGAAUUAGAAGAAAAUUUUAUUUUCUACUUCAGAGAGCAAGAUUGAACAUACGAAAGGAAGUUUCUAAAACAACCUGUUGGAGUCUGUUGCCAUAAUCUCCCAGGCAUUUGAUAUAAUCAAAGGCAGCCCAAAAACCUGUCCUCAGCUAUUCCAUACCUACAGGGUAUCAGCGAGACAUGUCACAUGAUCUUUGCCAGUCACUCUUGAUCAUUUUUGUGUGCUUUGUUUAGUUUUAUGGUUUAUGCUAGUCUAUCGAGGAAUUCAAAACAUUAAGCUGGCCAUUUUAUUUCAGUUGAAGUAUUAUUGGUUAUACUACAGAUAUCUUAGGAAGCAUUAUUUACUCACAUAAAAGGAACACACUGAAAAUAUGAAAACACAGCAGUGCUUGCUAUGAUAAUAUUUUGGAAUACAGAUUUCAGGAUGUCUGUGAAUAUCAGUAACAUUAUGAGUUUCCAGUUGUUUCAAAUGCUUUACAGGAGAUGUGUUCUAGUUGAAACAAUAUUUCUCCAUUUAAAAUGCAAUUUUUAAACUCUUCCACACACAUAACAAAUGUUUCAGUACAAAAUGAACACUCUCUACUUUUUAUGUUGCUUAAAGCUAUGAGGAUGCUAAGAAUAUAAAGUACAUACUAGCAUUAUAAAAAGGUUAUAUGAGGAAAUAAGGAAAAUACAUUGAGAAUAUUCUGGACUUGAUUACAAACUGUAAAGCAUAUAAUCUGGAAGUACACAAAGUGAUACCAUUAUAUUCAUUAAGCAACACUACUAAGGAUAGCAGUAGUAAAAAGGAUAGUUGUAUACUUUUCCAAAUAUUUACGGGGCUGUCUGGUCUGGCUGCUCAUUAUCUAAACCUUUCUCAGUUUGCAAACUGAAUAAACUGGAAGCAUGCAGCAGUACAAGAAUAAGACAUUUAUUCUGCUCAAAAGUAAACUUUUUUUUCCCCCUUUUUAAAUGGCUGCACUACUAAAAGGUCUGAUUCAUCAGAGAAAGCUACCAAGAAUAAAAUUUUAAUAAUAAGAGAAAGAAAAUUCUGUCAACUUAAUCAAGAACAUUAUUGUAGUUAAAUGCCCCUGAACAUUACCUCAAACAGAUACAUUGCAAAGCACUCACCAUUCCUUUUAUGAAAAUAAAAAGAAGCUUGGAUGAGGUAUUAACUAAAAUCCUAGAUUGCUGAAUUCCUGGAGCAUUUGAUUGUGAUGGUUUUCAAAAAAUAUUAUAUUACCAUAAAAUACCUCCACUUACCCUUAAUAAAUAUCCUACAUAUGAUACUACUGGACAGAAACCAUUUUCUUUCUUAAAUAUGAAUCAUGAAAAAAGAAAUCUAUUCUAUUUGCUUUAGGUUCAUUCCUCUCAGUUAGAAAGACAUUAGUUAAAGGGCUGCUGGUCAAAACUGACAUAUGCAGCUCAUUGCAAUUUCAGCAAAAUUCUCACAAGCAGAAGGCAGGAGAGAAAAUGCCCAAGCAUUUGGUUUUUCAUCUGGCUACUAAGAAAUAUUACAGUAUUUGAUACAACCAGGACUUAUUAAAAACAAAAAGCUUACUGAUGUCUCAUAAAUUCCCCUACAAUAAUUUUGGUAAAGACAACAGCUGAAAUACUACUUUUAACCAAUGCUGCACUGAAGUGUGUACCUGUUUCAAAAAACCUUUUGUAAACUGCCAAACACUAGGAAAUUUGUAAGAGCAAUUCUUGUCUAACUUAGUGCCUGAAGAGCUUUUAAUAUGUGGGGUUUUUUUUAUUUUUAGGUGGCUCAAAAUUUUCACAUUUUAAAAAUAUCAAACAUCUCAAAGAUCUUUUAUGUGCCCACAAAGGCUUUCAUAUGAGUAAGAAGCUGGAAAUGUUGAAGCUGUUUAUUUAAGAAAGUGAAAUAUAGGGUUAUGUUUAAAUGAUGGGGUUUUUAGGAUAUUUUUGCAGUUCUUCAAGUCUAUUUACAAUAGUUGAAAAACUGAAUAGGAAUUCAGCUUUCAUUCUAUUUCUUGUUCAUUUUUUUUAAGGUGGAAACAUCAUCAUCAUCUCUUGAUAAAUUUACAAAAUCAGAUUUUACAGCUUUGUAGAAGAAACAUAUCUAAUUCUUGUAUCAACACACCUGAAGAGAAUCAGAGAUGAGGUUUUUCAAUGUGUUUCAAUCUGUCUUGCUCUGACACCUUAUGCUGUAUGGUCUCACUACAAUUUUGCUGACUGUUUUUCAUACUUUAAUUUCUAUAGCAAGAUCAGAUGCUUUUUACUUUAAGGUGCAUGGCAUUAGAGCACAUCAUGGCUGAAGAUUUUUUCUACUUGUGCCUUUCUGCCAUGUCACCAGUUUACCUCCCAGGAAGAGAAAGCAGGUUUGGACAGCCUGUUACCCACUUUGCAUACAAAAUAUCCUAGUGUAUGUUUUAUGCUCAGGUUUGAACAGCUGUUGCUGUAGGAACUUGGGCUAAUCAGUUUUAGAAUUUAAUAAUUUCCCCCGGGUUUGUGAAGGAGCUCAAGCUGUGACUUCAUCAUCAGUAGAUAAAGUAGUAGUAGUAAAAUCAAAGAUGCAUAUUUCUUGGAAGUUGGAACUUGAAAAUUCCAAACCCUGAGCCAUACAGCCGGAAGAAAUGUAUCCUUGGAGACUUAGAGAGCUGUCAGUUCUCAGACAUCCUUGGACUAUUUUUAAACAAAAUGUUGUGCCUGAAAAACAUAAAGUCUUAACAAAUUAGGAAACUUUAAAGUACAGAGAUAUGAGAUAACAUCUGGGACAAAAGAGCCUUAGUAGAAUUUCUAACAGGGAAACUUUCUGAAUCAUGUAUGCAUUUUGGAGGCAAUGAAAAUAUUUCCUAUAUUUGCCUCUUUCUACCUUCCUUCUCUACUUUGGUAGAGUCUAAGAUGUCAGCAGGAAGAGCUUUGAUCUACUCUUAAGGCUGAGAUGUCACAGAAAGGACAGGUUUUCUGUGAAUGGGAAGGAGGACAUUCACUGGAAAUACCAAGAAGCCUGGAGGUCUGAUUUAGUUGCAAGACUGUCUACUUUUCAUUGUAAAAGCAUGGAGAAAUCUUCAAACACAUUGAGAUCAAUUGUGAUUGCUCAGAUUUACAGAGCCAUUUAAAGCACCUGCUUAAAGGUCUUGUUAAAGGAUAGAAGAAUAACAACCAGGAACUUCAGUUUUCAUGAUCCAUAAGCUUUAGUUCAGGUUGAAAUCAAUUUAUUUACCUCCUGGUGAGAAAUGAAGAAUAGAAAAAGUACUGAAAUACAGAAUCUAUACAAACUGAAAUACAAAAUGCAUAUGUUUCUAACUAUGGGCCAAAAUUUUAAAGACUUUAACUUUCUCACGUGUCUGUCCAAAUCUGUCUAAAGUUGCAUUCUACUGUUUAAAUUCUUUUAUUUGUUUGGGGGUUUUUUGUUGUUGUUGUUUGGUUGGUGUUGGAAUGUUGGGGGACACAAGACAGAUGAUGGACUUUGGACUUGGUUAACAUAGGAGAUUUGAUAACAGAAUGCCUUGGCAAAAGCAAACGGAACUUUGAAAAUUAGACCUAGAUAGUGUAAUAUAUAAUAUAAAGUAACUCAUGCUUUAAAAAAAGUAUAAAAUAAAAAUUGUAAAAUGAAUUUAACAUCCAAUGAGCCUCUGACCAUGGAAAACCUAGAGACAGAUUAGCACGCUGGAAUUAUGAAACUGGUGGCAGCAAAAGAAAAAUGCCUCACUAACUAAUAAAAGAAAGUAGCUUGCGUGGAGAUGGGCUUCCCCCAGAACCAUCAGGGAACACCCAAGGAUGAACAGCACUUGAUAGAUAUCAUCAAUCAAGACAACCAAAGUUGUUGAGAAACAUACAUCUGAAUACACGACUUCCCUGACAUGACCAGCAUCUGCCACUGCCCAAGAAACAGCAACUGUCCAGCUCUGCACAGUGAAAGAAAACUUCAUACAUAUGCGGGCUUACAAAAGAAGUCGAGGCACCCCUGCCUCAGGCAUAAAAAACUGUAUAAAACAGCACUGCCAGAAACAGCAUUUGUGAACAGGGGAAGAUCCAGUGCAGUAGAGGUCGGAUCUACAUUCACCCAGAGCCAACCUCGGGCUCGACACUGUCUCUUUGACUGUGGCUUUUUGAGGACCAUAGUUUUGGUUGCGAAAAUAAAAUCUUUCACAUUUAUUAA